AUGAACGGCCGAGGCGGAGGAGAGGACCACCAAACAAGUCCGUCCAAGCCCCGGCCCUGCACCCCAUUUCAUCAUAGGAUGCUCAACCGUCUCGCCCUCUUCGCCCCCGAAGACCUCGUCCAGCGUAUGCUACACGACUGGUUCGAAAAAGUCCACGCCCUCGCCCCCGUCCUCCACCGGCGGCGCUUUCUGCACCGCCUCAAAGCCGGCGAGGCAAACACCGACCGCAGCUUUUGCGCCCUCGUCGUGAGCGUCUGCGCCGCGACGGUGGCGACGCUGCGGAGGGCCGAUUACAGCCCCGUCACGGUCGAGCGGUGCCUGGACUUCAUCGAGGAGCAGCACCUGCUCGACCAUGGCCUCAGGAAGCCUGUCUACUCACUGGACUGGUGCGUCGCAAUGUACAACAUUGGUACGUCAGCCAGCUCGAUGAAUGAGGACGGGCUGGGGGACAUGGGAUCGUUCCAUGGUAUGUCCGAGGCGGCGGCGGGGGCGAGGUUCCUCGCAUACUACCGCAUGGCGGACCUGGAUAUGUCCGAGCAGCAGCUGCUGAAGAGGCUCUUUUGGCUGAUCUUUGCGGCAUAUUGUAGUGCGGACAUAUUCGGGAGGCUGUCCGUCAGCAUUGUCUCUCACCAAGAGAAUCGCGCCCACCUGCGCCCUUUACCCCUGACAGAUUCACAACUCGAGACGGGGCCGCAGCUAUCCCACGCGGAAUUACCGCCGUGGCAUGGCGAUACGACCUCCUAUGUCCCGGGCUUGAACCAGCUAAGCGACCUCUUCCUGAUAUGGCAUGAGGCGCAAACCGCUCCCAUAAGCCUCUACGGCGGCCAGGAAGAAGCCCUCAAGCAAUGGCUCGCCAAGAUUCAAACAAUCAUUGAUAACUUCCCGCCCGAACUGCGUUGGCGCGGGGGCCUGUCUCGACCAUCUCACAUAACAGAGGGCCACGACACACAAAUCGCCAACCUCUUCAUCACGAGCCUCAAUAUCCGCUCCAAUCUCUUGCAAAAGUUCGGGUCGACCGUCAAGACGCGGGCGGUAGAACAUCAGCGCAUCGUGGACGACCUGCUCGAGAUCCUGUACCACAUGCCGCAGCACGUCCUCGAGCAGAACGGCAAUAGCCUGAUCCCAAAGUUGAGGGACUGCGGGGCGGCGUACAUGGAGCAGAUGGACGUUGGUGAUGGCGCGCUGGUGAGCGAGGGCGCUAGGCUCAAGCUGGAGAAGUUGCUGCGGAAGCUGGAUGAUAUUGACUGCUGGCCUGGCUUACCUGGGAUCGAGAGUCCGCAGACCUCAGAAUCCCCCGCCACGCAACUCCCUCACCUUCGCCGUACCAAUGGCAACACCCAGCUCUACCUCAAGGGCAAGCCCUUCCUCAUGCUCUCCGCCGAGCUACACAACUCCUCCCUCUCCUCCGCCCGCUUCAUGUCCGAGGUUUGGCCAGACAUGAAAGCAAACCACAUCAAUACCCUCCUCGGCGCCGUCACAUGGGAAGACAUCGAGCCCACCGAGGGCAACUUCAACUUCUCCGAGCUCGACGCCGUGCUCGCUGGUGCGCGGGAACAUGGCAUGCACCUCGUUCUCCUCUGGUUCGGCACCUACAAGAACGGCAUUUCGACAUACGCUCCGCACUGGGUGAAGAAAGACACGAAGCGCUUCCCGCGCGUGCAGGUUCUCGAGAAGGGGGGCGUUAAGAGGACCAUUGAAAUGGUUACGCCGCUUAGCGACGAGGCCUGCGCGGCGGACUCGAAGGCGUUUGCCGCGCUAUGCAAACACCUUGCCCAGGUCGACGCCGAGCACAACACGGUCCUCAUGAUCCAGGUCGAGAACGAGACGGGUCUGCUGGGCGACUCCCGCGACCGCUCUCGCCGUGCCGACAAGGCCUUUGCCACACCCGUACCCGAGACCCUCCUCCGUCACCUCAACGAGAAAUCAGCCGAACUGCACCCCAAAUUCAAGGCGCGGUUCGAAGACCCGCCCGCCGCAGGCUCACACUCGUGGACAUCCGUCUUCGGCUCCGGUUCAUCAGCAGACGAGGCCUUCAUGGCCUACCACAUCUCCUCUUACGUCGGCCGCGUCGCCGCCGCCGGAAAGAAGGAAUACGAUAUUCCCCUCUACACAAACACCUGGCUCAACUUCGACGACCCCUCCGACCUCGACCUCCGCGGCGUCCCCAUCGUCGUCGGCGGCGGCGCAGAACCGGGAGUCUACCCCUCCGGCGGACCCUGCCCGCACGUCCUCGACAUCUGGCGCCACAACACAAUCUUCACGCAAGAAAAGUCGCUCGACUUCCUCGCGCCGGACCUCUACUUCCACAACUACGAGGCUGUUUGUAAAGACUACACGGCGCAGGGCAACCCGCUCUUCAUCCCCGAGCAGCGACGCGACGAGAACGGCGCGCGGCGGGUGUGGUUGUCCUACGGCACCUACGGCGCCCUCGGCGCGAGCCCCUUCGGCAUCGACACGGGCCCGGAGGUCGUCGGGCGCGAGUUCAAGCUGCUCGCGCAGGUGGCGCCAUACCUGCUGGCCGCGAAGCCCGAGGACAGGUUCGGCUUCUUCUUUGACGAGGAGAUUAACACGGCGGGCAAGGGCGAGAAGUGGACAAAGGUGAUUGGUGACGUCGAGGUUAUUGUCGAGCGCGCGUUCGUGUUUGGCAAGCCUGGUCCUGGCGGUGGCAUGGUCAUCCACCUCGGCGAUGCCAAGUUCCUUGCCGUGGGUAGGGGCUUCAACGUCCACUUUAAGAGCGUGCGACCGGAGGCUACGUUCACGGGCAUUCUGGCCGCCACUGAGAAGGAGGUUGAUGAGAAGGGAGAGCUGCAGACGCUGAGAGUGUUCAAUGGUGACGAGACGCGCAGUGGCGAAUUUUUGAUUAUGCCUAAUGACGAUCCGGAUUAUGGCGGUUUCCCCAUCGCUGUUACGGUCCCGGCGCGGACGUGUAUCGUUGAGAUUGAGGCAUACUGGGUUGCUGAGGAUGAGGAGGACCGGUGA